AUGAAGGGAAUUUACUUUGUGAUUGGACUUCUUCUCCUGGUUAGUAUUCAGAGCAGUUGGCAAAUCCCCCUGCAGGAGACACAGGACAAUGACAGCUUAUUGACAGAAGACGAUUUGCUUGAUGAGCCUGUGGAACUUACGAAUGUGAAGAGACACUCCCAAGGAACGUUCACCAAUGAUUACAGCAAAUAUCAAGAGAUGAAGCAAGCACAAGAAUUGGUUCAGUGGUUAAUGAACUCCAAGAGAAGUGGAAAUUCUUCAAGACGCCAUGCUGAAGGAACCUACACCAGUGAUGUUAGCUCCUUUCUGCAAGACCAGGUUGCCAAGGACUUUGUUUCUUGGUUGAAGUCAGGAAAGGCCAGAAAAGAGUAG